CGGUCGGCUAUUCGCGACACUUGCAGAGCUCUGUGGAAAAGACUGCAGCCACUGUACAUGGCUAAACCAGAUACAAAUGCGUGGCUUCAGGUUGCCGAGGGCUUCAGCAGGAGCUGGCAGUUUCCGAAUUGCCUUGGUGCUGUCGAUGGGAAGCACAUCAUGAUCCAAGCUCCUGCGAAAUCCGGCAGCAUGUAUUUCAAUUACAAGGGGACAUACUCCAUCGUGCUGCUUGCCGUAGUCGACAGCGACUACAAGUUUGUGGUCGUGGAUGUCGGUGCCUACGGGAAGCAGAGCGAUGGAGGAGUCCUCAAGCAGUCCAUUUUUGGACAACUCCUCGAGGAAGGCCGUCUGGGGCUGCCCCGGGAUCUACCGCUGCCCAAUACAAGGCUGCCUGCGCCUUGUGUCUUCGUGGGGGACGAGGCUUUCCAGCUCAGGCCAGAUUUUCUUAGGCCUUACCCUGGACGUGGAGUUGAUGCCGAAAAGCGAAUUUUCAACUACCGCCUCAGCCGAGCAAGGAGAUGCGCCGAGAACGCCUUUGGAAUCUUGGUGACUCGCUGGAGGAUUCUCGAGAGGAGGCUCGGGGAAAAUCCGCAGAAUGCAGAGGAGCUAGUGAAAGCUCUCUGCGUCCUGCACAAUUUUCUCAUGAGUCAACAUGGGGGAGACGACACAUACUGCGCUGCAAGCUACGCCGACUACAUCAAUGCAGCUGGACAAAGGAAAGGCGGCCAGUGGCGCAGGCUCCUUGUGCAGCCACCGAUGCAAGUGGCCAGAGUUCUAGCUCGGAGCUUUGCCCUUACGGCCCGUUAUGUCAGAGACCUUUACAUGCAGUACUUCAAUAGUCCUGCAGGUGAGGUUUCUUGGCAAGAUGCUGUACUGCAGCGCUAAGCAAUCUGAAAGCUCAGGUUUGCCCUUUGGGCCAUGUUCAUUCUUUUUCUUUUUUUAAUUGCAAUUUUUUUAGUGCACUGUGGGAUGCAAUAGACCCUUUUAGCAAUUCUGUGCCAUCUAACAGCGGCGUUUCAAAACUACAUGCUGGUUGCCAUUUGUACGGCACAUCGACCUGC